CGGCAUUAAUUAACACUUAAUUAUUAGGGUUUUUAAAAAGAAAGAAAGGAAAAAAAAGUCGGAGAGAUGGUCCCGCUGGAGUGUGUCGGUGUGUGAAGCGCGCCGUCCUCCUCCUGGACCUGGAUGCUCGCUGCGCGCUGCUCGCCGACGGACGCGGACGCGCUGACAUGUGGAGCGGCGUCCUGCGCGCUCCCCGCGCGGCUCUCGGGCGCUCAGUCGCGCGCUGACUGUCCCCGUCCCCACACACGCGCACGCACACACACACACACACACACCGCGCACACCCUCCGCUGACAAACAAAGAUGUGCCAGUGUGAUCCGAGGGGAAGAACGGCGGGCUCCCUCGCAGAAGCCGGCAAGCUCUUCCUGAGGCACACCACGUUCCACGGGCUCAGGCACGUCUUCCUGUCGGGCUCGUACCCGCGCCGGCUCGCGUGGCUGCUGGCGUUCCUGGCGGCGCUCGCGCUCCUCUUCACCUGGUCCUCGAACCGCGUGCGCUACCUGCUCUCGUCGCCCGUGCACACCAAGGCGCACAUGGUGUACGCGAAGCGCCUCGUCUUCCCCGCCGUCACCAUCUGCAACCAGAACCUGCUGCUGCCCCGGCGCAUGAAGAAGCCCGACAUCUUCAGCGCGGGGAGGUGGCUCGGGCUCCUGGGCAAGAACUGGCAGGUGGCCCCGGGGGCCAAAGAGGCGCUCGCGUCCCACAGCGACGACGGCCGCGGCGGAGUCGGCAGCGAGCCGCCCUGGUCUCCCCUGUCGCGCAUCUUGGACUUUAACCACUUUCUGCCGCCCCCCCGCGAGUCGCAGCCCACCAUGAAGCAGCUGCUGGACCGGCUGGGCCACCAGCUCGAGGAGAUGCUGCUCUUCUGCCGUUUCCAGGGGGAGCAGUGCGGGCCGCGCAACUUCAGCACCAUCUUCACACGUUACGGCAAGUGCUACACCUUCAACUCGGGACAAGAUGGACGUCCUCUGUUGAUCACCACGAAGGGCGGGACGGGAAACGGUCUGGAGAUCAUGCUGGACAUACAACAGGAUGAAUACCUGCCCGUCUGGGGAGAGACGGAUGAAACGUCAUUCGAAGCAGGGAUCAAAGUUCAGAUCCACAACCAGGAUGAGCCUCCGUUCAUCGACCAGCUGGGCUUCGGCGUAGCGCCUGGGUUCCAGACCUUUGUGUCCUGCCAGGAGCAGCGGCUGACAUACCUGCCCCCUCCUUGGGGGGACUGCAAAGCUACGCCCAUGGACUCUGACUUUUUUAGCACCUACAGCAUCACAGCAUGUCGCAUAGACUGUGAAACACGCUACCUGGUGGAGAACUGCAACUGCCGUAUGGUGCACAUGCCAGGUGAUGCUCCAUACUGCACUCCAGAGCAGUACAAGGACUGUGCUGAUCCAGCACUAGACUUCCUGGUAGAGCGAGAUAAUGACUACUGCGUGUGUGAGACACCAUGCAGCAUGACCCGUUAUGGAAAGGAGCUGUCCUUUGUGAAGAUUCCCAGCAAGGCCUCUGCUAAGUACCUAGCCAAGAAGUUCAACAAGUCUGAGCAAUACAUCUCGGAAAACAUCCUGGUGCUGGAUAUAUUCUUCGAGGCACUGAACUACGAGACCAUAGAGCAGAAGAAAGCCUACGAGCUGGCGGGGCUGUUGGGCGAUAUUGGUGGCCAGAUGGGACUGUUCAUUGGAGCCAGUAUCUUGACUAUUCUGGAACUGUUUGACUAUCUGUAUGAGGUUAUCAAGUACAAGCUCUGUCGGUGUUCAGCAAAGAAACGCAAGCGCAACACCAACAACGACCGGGGAGCCGUGCUCAGCCUGGACGAUGUGAAACGUCACGCUCCCUGUGAAGCCCUGCGUACACCUUCCACGUAUCCCGCCAACAUACUACCUCAUCAUCCUGUGCAGGGCAACUUUGAGGACUUCACCUGCUGAGCCAAUCACAGAAGAGUAUGGAGGGAGGAGGCGGAGUCUUGCAGAGUGCCACCAAAGUUAACACCAUGUACCAGAGGAACAAGGUUACCUUGGAUAUUGCGAUAUAUUAAAAAUGUAUUUACCAUUAUUUGUAAGAAUCUAUAUUAACCAAAAUGGAAGAAGAGAGUUAUAGAGAAUGGAGAUAUUUUAAAAUACCAGUGAUAAAAUAUAACCAUUAAAAAAUCAUUUUGAGAGAUUGAGAACACCCUUCAGCAAAUUUGUUAUUAAGGUCUGUUAAAUAUGGAUAUAAAUACGGAUAUAAGUGACUCACGGGAAUCGGAAACGUACGAUCUGAAGCAAGCAAUAUAGCGAGCGACUCCUACCGAGGCCUAAAUGCUUCUGACCGCGGCACUGAACUGUACAGAGAAAACUGGCUCAUUAGGUUGUUAGCGGAUCAUAGUGUUUACUCCACUGUAAAUGUAGCAGCAUUUAUUACAACUGCAGUCACUCGGACAGCUGCAGCAGGACUCCGUGUAUUUCAGUUGAGAAUGUAUCCGUGUAAUGAAUUAGCAGAUGUAAAUAGGAGGAAAUGUUCGGCUUGGCGGGAAAAGAGCAGCUGGGUUAGGGUGGGCCGGGGGCGGGGGGAGUAGAGCCACUUCUGCCAUUUCCGGAAGUUUGCUUUAAACAGAUGUACUUCUUCAGGUCUCAUUCCCAUAUGUGCAUGCUGGUUCUCAUCCUCUAGUGCAUGUGUACUUU